GGAAGCCCCGAACUCGAAGACCCUUCCCCGGAGACGGACAGGUACGAGCGAUAUCCAGCUCGUUUCGUUGGCGACGUCGAUUUACCAGAAUGCAAUGAACCACUUCUCAUGGAGUCGAAGCGUCGGUUCGUCUUGUUUCCUAUCCAGUAUGAAGAGAUCUGGCGCAUGUACAAGCAAGCCGAGGCAUCAUUCUGGACCGCGGAGGAAAUGGACCUUGCCCAAGACCUGACUGACUGGAACCAUCGUCUGAACGACAAUGAACGUCACUUCAUCUCCCACGUCCUUGCUUUCUUUGCCGCUUCCGACGGUAUUGUCAAUGAGAACCUGGUGGAAAGGUUCUCCAACGAGGUUCAAGCAGCCGAGGCCAGGUGCUUCUAUGGAUUCCAAAUUAUGAUGGAGAAUAUCCACUCGGAGACUUACUCCCUGUUGAUUGACACCUACAUCAAGGACCCUGCCCAGCGAGAUUACUUAUUCGACGCCAUAGAGACAAUACCGUGUGUCAAGCGUAAAGCGGAUUGGGCAUUGAGAUGGAUUUCAGACAAGCAAUCCUCGUUUGGCGAGCGACUGGUGGCCUUUGCCGCGGUUGAAGGAAUCUUCUUCUCUGGGUCUUUCGCCUCGAUUUUCUGGCUGAAGAAACGAGGUCUCAUGCCUGGCCUCACAUUUUCCAAUGAAUUAAUCAGUCGCGACGAGGCCAUGCACACGGAGUUUGCUUGUCUACUUCUUAGCCACCUCCGUCGACGGCCACAUCCAGACAUUAUACGCGAUAUCGUAACUGAAGCAGUCGCUAUAGAGCAAGAGUUCCUGACGGAUGCGCUUCCUGUUGCGCUCAUUGGCAUCAAUGCAAAUUUGAUGUGUCAGUACAUCGAAUUCGUGGCCGACCGUCUACUUCAGGCACUAGGCAAUCCGAAAGUGUACCAUUCUACGAAUCCCUUCGACUUCAUGGAGAACAUCUCUCUCCAGGGAAAGACCAAUUUCUUCGAGAAACGAGUAGCCGAAUAUGCUAAAGCGAACAUUAAUCACUCUACCGUCGUAUCUCGAGACGGUACACCCGACACAAGUAACAGUAGAACCUUUACGCUCGACGAGGACUUUUAGUGUCUUUGGCUCGGGAGAUUGUAGUGUAUCAGUAAUAGACCGCCCAUCGCUGCCCUACUCGCCCAUAUUAUAAUUAUACUCCCGACUCAUGUAUCAUAAUGGUUUGCUGUAAUCGUUGUGUUGUAAUAAUAGCUUAGCCCCAACUCUACCACUUCGUGACAUUCAUAUGACGUCCACUUGUGAUUAUAAUGCCGACGAAUAACGGGAGGGAAUAUGGAGAAUAAAAUCCUGGA